UCACAGCAGUAGCCUUUACACAGCUUCCCACAGAAUCAUUAGAGACGCACAUUGAUUGUUACUAAUCUGAGAAGCAAUGGACCCUCAGAGCUGCGACUGUGCAAAUGGUGCUACCUGUUCUUGCGGAGAUUCCUGCAAAUGCGCAAACUGCAAGUGCACUAGCUGCAAGAAAAGCUGCUGUUCAUGCUGUCCGACUGAGUGCAGUAAAUGCAGCAAGGGCUGCCAGUGUGCACCAGGGAAUGAGAAGUGCAGCUGCUGCAACUGAUCCAGAAACCCUUUAAAUAACUGAAAAAUUGUUCUGUGUUUCAUAUGUACUUACUAACCAAUGCAGUGUUUUGACAUGUUGUAGCAUAAUUGUAUUUUUAAGUUUUUUAAAUAAAUGUUGAGUCUACCAGU